ACAUCUAUUCCAAAUCUCAACGUUCCUGGAUCACUACCUGUUCAGGCUGCCACACCAGUUAAUCCACCUCCUUUAUCUAGAAUGCCUGUAACUGCCACAGCUGCUACUAUGCAGUUUUAUCAAACACCAAGUGGUCAAGUAAUCCAAAUUGUACACGCCUCUUCAACACCGAAUGUAGUUGGGCAUAGUGCAGUACCAGCUCAGACAGCUGCUGCACCUCUUGGUCAACCUGCUAAUAUUGUUCAAACUACAUAUGCAACAAUACCUGCUAUUGCUUCGGCUUGUCCAGUUGCCACUCCAACUCAUCAGGUUGUUUAUCAGCUUUCCAACCAACAGCAUAACAUUCUUUCAACUGGGACCGUUGGUUCUGGAACGCCACAACAACCAUUUUACCAACCACAGAUGCAACCACAAACUCCACAACAACAACGCGUCUUGGUUGCCUCUAGCGUCUGUUCUACACCCACCAUAAUGGGUACUGUUAUUGGAUCAGGAACUACUGUACCACCUGUUUUACCCGUGGGUACGAAUGCAGGUCCUUCUAUAUCCAACGUUCAACAAGCACAGAUACUUUUGGGUUCUACAGGAUCUGUACCUUCAACAGGCUUCCCAGCUUUAGCACAGGGUGGUUUAGUAACAACAACAACUCCAACAUUAAAUCAACCUCAGCUACAUCCUGGUGUGGCUGUCGCGGCUGUAGGUGCUUCACAUAUUGUCCAACCGUCUGGCCCAACUUUGGGAGCUUGUCCUCAAGAUUAUACCUCACAAGUUCAACCACAGUACCAGUUAGUACAACAAGUUCCUCAAAAUCAACCAAUCGCUCCGAAUGUCAUGGCUUCUGUUUCAGUUGUUCCAGGAACACAAUUUAUGCAAUCUCAGCCUCAAACUAUUCCAACCCAACCACAAACAGGUCGUCCUUCAUCUCCAAUAUUUGUAUCAGUUCCACCUAGAACUUCACGUGUACUUCACUCUGAAAUUUAUCAACGUUACAUUAAUCGUUUGCGUAAAAAUACUCCAAGUGGUGGUGGAUUAGGUGAUUGGCAUAAUCAAUUGUCAGCUUCAUUGGAUACAACGCCAUCAAUUCAACCAAAUGUAGCUAAUCAAUUAAUUGGGAAUUUCUUUACUGAUCCAAAAAAAGUUCAAAGUUGUUCAGUAACUGAAGCAUUAUGGAAUUUACGUGAUUAUUUAUUGGAGGAUGCUUUAAAAAUUCGUUUACGUUGUUUAAAUGCUACAGAAUGUUAAUAUGUUUUACUACUAAUACUACUAAUAAUAAUAAUGAUAAAAUCGUUUUUGUAAUAAUUAUACAGUACUGCAUUUUAUUUUUAGUCUUUACAUAUUUUUUUCAAUCACUUUCUCAACAAUACAUCUUUUAUACACGUAAAAACAAUUUAUUCAUUUUGUUGUACUUGUUGGUGAAUUCAUAUUAUGCAAUAUCUAUUUGUUUUUGUGUCAUAGUUUACUCAAUAAUAAAUGUUUU